UGUUUAACUAUUUGCUGUCACAUCUGCUGUCUGAUUUAAUAUAUACAGUUAAUGACAUCGAUAUGUGAUGAAAACAAACAAACAAACAAACAAACAAACAAAAAGUAAAUUUGUUGCUUUAGUUGGAAAUUGAGGUGGCUGAGUACUGUACAAAUAAUUGGAAACUGAAAAAUUAUUUCUCAGACUUACUUAUGUAGGAGAGUUCAUAAUGAGCUGCUUUAAAAAAAAAUCUCGUUAGCCAAUGAAAACAAUUACAUUAGGAACUCCCCACCCCUGGUCCAAUUGAAGAGUUGUGUACAUUAGUAUUUUUUAAUGAACUUGUUUAACCCCGGUUUGUUUGGGCUGAAGCCAGACCUGCGGCUCAUCCAAUCACAUUUCAGUUUAUAGUCACGCCUACCCAUGAUUUUUGUUAACCCAUUAUGGUCUGUGGAUAGUUGGUCCUAUUUGGCUUCAAUGAAAAGACGAAAAGAAAAGACAAAACUAGUCUAAGGUGUUGUAUUUGCUAAUAAAUACUAAUAAAUGCAACUAUGUGACUUUAGAGUAGCCCUUGUGAAGCGAAAUUACGUUAAAACACCCAAAGCUAUCAUUAUGAACAGAACAAAACAUGUCCAUGGAGGUCACACUGCAAUGUAAUCAUAUCAGAUGUAAGAAAUAGAACUAGAACUAAUGUCUCAUCUUUGGAACAGGUGCACUGGGGAGGCGUGGGUAAUUUUCCUGUGGAGAAAGUUUCAUAAACCGGGGAAAAAGCACCCCCUCUGACACUGUUUACAAAAGAAUGGGUAGAUGUCGUCACUCUCGGCGUCCAAUCCGGAACGCCAAGUGUGUCACGAAAUGAAAAUUGCUUCUAGUCGGACAAUUUUUCCAUUCAUUACUUAGCGGCAAUGGCAGCACUGAGGAAGGCACUCCAUGGACGCUUCAUUCAGCCCCUCCCGUUCUGCCUGGGGUCCUUGCGGCUUGCCAGCACCUCUUUCAAGGCUGCGGACCUCACGAUCGAGAGAAACCCCAACCUGAAGCCCAAGCCUGACCCCUCGAAGCUGCUGUUCGGCAAGCAGUUCUCCGACCACAUGCUGACCAUCUACUGGUCUGAGGAGCACGGCUGGCAGGCCCCUCAGAUCAAGCCCUUCCAGAACCUCUCGCUGCAUCCGGCCUCCUCCGCCCUGCACUACUCCAUAGAGCUGUUUGAGGGCAUGAAGGCGUUCCGCGGGGUGGACAACCAUGUGCGCCUGUUCAGGCCCAUGCUAAACAUGGAGCGCAUGCACCGCAGUGCAGACAGGUGCUGCCUACCGCUGUUUGAUAAAGGCGAGAUGCUGGAGUGCAUAAAGAAGUUGGUGGAGGUUGACCAGGAGUGGGUGCCGUACUCCACAGACGCCAGCCUCUACAUCAGACCCACCUUCAUUGGCAUCGAGCCUUCGCUGGGUGUGUCGCGAGCGGGCCAUGCGCUGAUCUUCGUGAUCAUCGGCCCCGUGGGGCCCUACUUCACCACGGGGGCCUUCAACCCCGUCGCCCUGCUAGCUGAUCCUGCCUACGUCAGGGCUGCAAGAGGCGGAGUGGGAGCCUACAAGAUGGGAGGCAACUACGGGCCGACGAUAGCCAUCCAGAACGUGGCGGUGAAGCAGGGCUGCCAGCAGGUGCUGUGGCUGUACGGGGAGGAGGAGGAGAUCACCGAGGUCGGCACCAUGAACCUCUUCAUCUACUGGACCACAGAGUCAGGAGAAAAGGAGCUGCUUACUCCCCCCCUGGACGGCAUCAUCCUGCCUGGGGUCACCCGGCAGUCGCUCCUGGACCUCGCCCGGAAGUGGGGUGAGUUUAAAGUCACAGAGCGGAAGCUCGUAAUGAAGGAGCUGAUCGAUGGCCUGGAGGCUGGACGGAUUCUGGAGGUAUUUGGCGCCGGCACUGCCUGCGUCGUCUGUCCUGUAGGAAGCCUUCUGUACAAAGGACAAACUUACCAGAUCCCUACUAUGCAAAAUGGGCCAGACUUGGCAAAGAGGUUCUACAAAGAGCUCACCGACAUUCAGUAUGGACGCACACAGAGCGACUGGGCACCCCUCGUCGCUUGACUGGCCACUGCACAUGCCAGUCAUACAUACCGGGCCGGCGGCCAUUCUUUCCACACAACGUCGUAGGCAAAAGGAUUCUAACUCCAGCCCACCACCUCCUCCUCCCGCUCACCUCCGCCCACUCCUGCCCUCUCCCCGAUUGGCUGGGUGACUGUGACGGACAGGUGGUAUCUGGUGUCUCCAGCAGGUCACAUUGAACCCUGUCGUUGGUUGUUUGUUUUUAUUUCGUUGUUGUUUUCAUUUUUUUCUGUGUCUUUUACUUGUAGAGUUUUUAAAGGGACUUGGGUACUGAUGCAUCUUUUUAUUUUUUAUUUUUUAACUGUAUCACAGGACAACCACUAGAUGGAAAGGUAUGCACUGCAGUGAAAGGGUUUGUCUUUGCCUUCAAAUCAGACAUGGGUUUUGUUUUUUUAGACAUUUUAGGCAGUUUACAAAUGAACUGGAAUCCUCCCCCCCACUCGGAUGAAAGCCUUUUUAUGUUAAGCCAUCUGCUGUUUUUAGACCGAGCACAACUACUGCCUUCAUUGGCACAGUUCACUAUAGUAUCUAGCAAGUAGCACACUCAAACACACUAGCACACCAGAGGAAGCUAACGUCAUGAAUGCACAACAUGCUGACCCACUUUCAUUGCUUUAGUUAGUGUAUUGUACAUGUCGUGUCUGUUACACCACGUGCACCUGUUCAGUUUCAAGGGUACAUGCCUUCCCAUGUCCUAUGCUUUGAGGUGCUGUAGGAAUAUACAAGGAAUAUACUAUAAGGAAAAGUGUAUGUAGAAAAUAAGAGGUACUGUAAAAAAAAAAAGUUACAGUAAAAUUUUGUUGGAAUUUGACGUGUGUGUCACAUCACACAAAAUAUGUCCCACAAGAUAUUUUAAAUUAAAGGCAUACUGUUGCGUAUACCGUUACAUUACCGUUAUAUUAAUUGUACAGAAGAACCCAAUCUGUAAUCGGUGAUCAUUUUUCAUGCUUUUUUUUUUUUUCCCCACUGGGCCAGGUAAACAACUGUUACACAUCAUGCGUAUAUGCACAGUCACUCCAGUGGUUCAGCCCUUUCUUUGGGAAUCACAUGUUGCUUUGUUGUGUGUGUGUGUGUGCGUGCGUGCGUGCGUGUGUGUGUGUGUGUGUUUGUGUAAGGAUGUGUGCAUGUUUUGUCUGUGUCUUUCAUUUAUGCAAGUUACUACUUUAGCAACUUGUGGCUAAAAGAAGAAGAAGAAAAAAAUCAGCUUGAGAUUAAUAAAUGUAGAGGUCAAGGCGAACCUGCACGCACAAAACGUAAAGAAAUUGUAAUCUGCAUAGUCCAGGCCGGAGUACGACCACUUGUAGAGAUGCUGUCAGGAACACUACUGCUGCACUAGGAUACAUGUCAUGUUAUGUGAACUAUUUUGUGUGUGUGUAUUGACACGUACAGUACAGUGCAUUUUAUACAAGUAAUCUUAUAGGAAAGAUAGCUGAGAUUGUCUUUGGAUUUUAACUUAUUGCAGUUUUAUGUCUCUUUUAAAAAAAUGUGCUGAAGUUUGGAACUCCCUCAUGUUGUGUGGUUUGAGAAAAUAGUUUCUCUUCGUGUAACGGGCCCUCAUUUUUGUUUUCAGUUUUCUGCAUUUCAUCUUUGUGUCUCUUGGUAUUAUUUUCUAUCCAUGUUUGUUCCUGUUUUAUUGAGCCUGCUUCUUCUGUGCUUUUUACUGUUUUCUUGAACCACACUCUGAACGCGUUCCAAUAUGCGACCUUGCUUCCUCCACUUGUGCUUGUGGCCUCGUACCAGGAAGUAAUUUUGUCAUAAUGAUAUCACUGACGACAACAGCAUUAUAUUUCAAUAUCUUGCAAAAGCUCAAUUGUAAAGUCAUUUUCUCAUUUGCAAUUGGGAUGGUGAAUGGAAAAACAGUCCCUCGACAGUUGUUGUGGCUAGGCUGACAGCUGGGAAACUUUGUUUUCUUCACGGACGAGAGGCCAGGAGGCGGGGCGAGGCGAGGCCACAAGCACAAGCGGAGGAUGCAAGGUUGCAUAUUGGAACACACCCCCCCCUGUCUAUCUUUCUUUUCCUCACCUCUCCAAGUGCCUGAUGGGAUAUAGGAGGCCAUCUUGUAGGCUGCUGCGUGCUUCUCAUGUGCUGUUAUAUUCUUUCCCCCCUUUUCGUUUCUUUUCUUUUCUUUUCUGGGGAGUGUUGGCUUCUCUAGUGAGGGCUUUGCUGCUGAGUCUCUAAGUAGUGUUCCGUUUUUGUUUUUUUCUUGUUUUUUGUUUCAUUAAGGUGUUGCUAUUCCUACCUUUUUUGGUUAACCUAUUUUUACAAUAAAUGUCUUUUACUGGCAA